AUGAUGAUAUUAAAUGGGAUCUCAUAAUCUACAACAUGGCCAAGUGUCGUUUCUUGUAUGGGAAAUUGGUUUGGAAAAGGAAAAAAGGGACUUUUAAUGGGAGUAUGGGCUACAAACGGAAAUUUUGGAAAUAUGAUAGGUUAUUUUAUAUAAAAUAUGGCAGUUAAUAGAAUGAAAUUAGACUGGAAAUAUUCUCUAUUUUUCUCAGGGAUGUUUCUUCUUGUCCUUGGUGUCGUUUGCGUGCUAUAUUUGGACCCUUAUCCUUAAAAAUUCGAAAAUUAAAUAAACUCUUAACAUAAUAAAGAUGUAGCUGAAAAUAUAAAUUAUUUCAGUGCUUGGGUAAAAGUUCCCGGAUUGGCAAUGUAUGCUAUAGCUAUGGGGGGUGUAAAAGGGACUAUAUAUGGCAUAAUUUUUUGGUUACCCAUUUAUUUAUAAAAAAAUGGCAUGAAAGAAUAGGCUGUAGUAAUUUGCUCUAUGAACGAAAUAGGGACAUUUGCUGGAGGAGUUUUGUUGGGAUAUUUAGUCGAUAAAUUUUAAUAAAGGGCUUUUGUUAUUAAUUUAUUUAUUUUUUUGAGUUUUAUUAAUAUGGUAAUAUUAUAUAAUAUGCCUCCAGGAAAUCCCGGUCCCUAUUAUUUUCUGGUCCUUUUAGCCGGUAUUUUUUUAGGAGGACCCUAUAAUAUGAUAGGGGGUUCUGUAGCAAUAGAUUUAGUGGAAUAAUCAGGAUUUUAAAGUAGUAAACAUUUAUUAGCUUUAGUUACAGCAAUUAUUGAUAGUACAGGAAGUAUUAGUGGGGCUUUUAUUUAAACAACUAUUUCCUUUUUUGGAUAUUAGUAGAUAUUUGCAAUUUUUAUUGUAACUACUAUGUUAUCGUCACUUGUUUUGAUAAAAUAGGCUAAGCUUGAUAUAUAUAAAUGA